AUGCUCUGUAGAUAUAUAAAAGAAAACUUUACAGCCGUGGCCUCAUUGCGGAAUACUUUUGUUCUAAACAGAGUGUGCAUCAUGUCGAGCCAUAACAGAACAAGUUUUAAUUCGGCAACAGUGGCUUUAGUUUUUUGUUGUUGGGUGCUGAUGACCACAGGUGCUUCGCUCAACGGCCGGUGCAAACUCAAGCGUCAUCCCCACAAAGCCAUGCAAACAGACUUCAAUGGACGACGUUGUUGGGAUGAUAUUAAGAUUAUGUCUUGCUGGGGAUACUGCUUGUCUUAUGAGAUUUCUGACUGGCAGUUCCCGUACAAGCAGUCUCAUCAUCCAGUGUGCGUUCACGGCGAUCGCAAGCACGCGUCAGUGAAGUUGCGUAAUUGCGAUCCUGGCGCCCAGCCUGGGACUGAUGUGUAUCACUACGUGGAAGCUACUUCUUGUAAAUGUCAGUUAUGUUCAUCUGAUGACACUAGCUGCGAAUGGCUUCCUCCCGAUUCAUCUCUCCUUGGUGGACUUAUUCUGAAAGAAGAAAUUGAAGAGGAGCUCGAACAAAAUACACUUUAA